UUGCAGUUGUAUCAAAAUCGUCUAAUACAGCCGUUGAUAUUGCUUUGCUUUUGCUUGAAGGUUGUUCCACAGUAACUAACAUUGUAAUGAAAACUCCUAAGACUUUCCUACUUAACCAAUACCAACAUUCAGAUCCUCUUCCACUAGCAGGUCUUCCACCUCCACCUGCUGACGAUGGUGCAGGAUUACGAAUACCUCUACCUCUAGCGGAUGAGGGUGGUGGUCUAGCAGGACGCCCAACGCCAGG